AUGUCCUUCCACAUCUGGACCCUCGAGCAAUUCAACCCAAAUGAUAUCCUGUGCGUUGCAGCUGCCGCCGCCAUGAUCUACGGUAUCUGGCGCGUGGCGUACAAUCUUUUCUUCAGCCCAUUGGCCAAGAUACCAGGUCCAAAGCUAGCGGCCAUGACGAGAUGGGUGGAAACAUACUACGAGUGCUUCAACGAGCAAGGAGGGCAAUUUCGAUGGGCGUAUUCAAAAUGGCACGACGUUUACGGGCCCAUCAUUCGUGUCGCGCCCAAUGAAGUCCACGUUCGAGACUCGGAGUUUUACGACAAACUCUACCAGCAUAAGCCUCAAGCAAAAGCGGACAGGCUCAACAAUCGAUUCGAUUGCAAGACUUCGAUAUUCGAUACAUCGCAACAUCUGCUGCACGCACGACGUCGCGCCGUUCUGGAAGUCUUCUUCUCUAGAAAACGUAUUUCUGACCGGAGUGUCGAGAUGCAGGAGCAUCUAGAUCGCUUAUGCCAGACAGUGCGGGAUGAGUACCUUGGAACGGAUGCGAUACUCUACACAGAUGAUAUGUGGAGUUGCUGGACUUCCGAUAUCAUCUCAGGAUACUCGUUCGCCACCAAUGACAACAUGAUUGCUCUGCCAAGAUUCAGAUCGCCGCUGAGAGAGGCAAUGAACGAACUUCUCGAACCAAUGCACUGGAUCACGCAGUGCCCGAUCCUGAAGAACAUUCUGUUCAGUCUUCCUCAGUGGUUUGUACUGGCAGUCUACCCGGCUGCGCGACCAGCCGUUGCCAUGAAGAAUGGCAUCCUGAGUCGUAUCCAGACUAUCAGGGCCAACGUUCGUCGACUCCCUGAUGGGGACCACGCCGGCACUAUCUUUGGCACUAUGCUCACCUCAGACCUUCCAUCAUCCGAAACCUCCGAUGAGCGCCUCAAGGACGAGGGAAUUGGGCUUCUGGGUGUCGGAACCGAGACAACGAUGCGUACACUCUCAAUCGGGCUAUACUUUCUCUGGGAACAGCCCUCGGUGAAAGCUAAGCUUAUGGCCGAGCUAAAGGGAGCAAUACCUGAUCCAAAUAUCAUCCCCCAUUGGGAUGUUCUGGCGAAGCUUCCCUACCUUGCAGGUUGUGUGAAUGAAGCCAUGCGGUUGUCAUACGGGGCCUCUCAGCGUCUGAUACGGGUCUUUGAUCAGCCAAUCACGUACGGGCAGUUUGUGAUAGACGCCGGAACAGAAAUCGGUAUGGACAUUUAUGACGUUUGCCAUGACGAGACAAUUUUCCACCAAAGCCACGAAUUUCGACCAGAACGUUGGCUAGAGGACGUUCCACAGGAUGGUCAAGAGUCUCGCAGUCAACUCUCCCGACACCUCGUAGUUUUCGGACGCGGUCCCCGAGCUUGCAUUGGGCGUCAUCUGGCGCAUGCAGAAGCAUGCCUUGGACUGGCUACAUUCGUGCGGCGGUUCGACUAUGAGAUGUUUGAGACACCUCGUGCUCAUUUCGCCUUCGAUCGCGACAGGCUGGCACCGCGGCCGCGUAAAGGCACUCCAGGAAUCCGGAUGGAGGUCACCGGGGUUCAUACAUAG